AUGGUCACAUGCCGCGGGGUCUAGUGGGAGGAGCAGUUGCUCAGAGGACGCCUGGUGCUUCCUGUUUCCGGUUCUCGGAGUGGAGCACAACGAGGCGCCUUGGGGAAGCUUUGACACGAGUUCUGGGUCCGGGGUCUGCGGCUGGCCCCUCGCUGGCCCUGUCUCCCGGCCCCAGACAGGUAUUCAGCCGGGGAUUCUGCGCCUUGGCUACUCCCUUUGCCCGUGACACGAUGUUCCCCUUCUACAGCUGCUGGAGGACUGGACUGCUCCUGCCACUGCUCCUAGCUGUGGUAGUAAGAGAAUCCUGGCAGACAGAAGAAAAAACCUGUGACCUGGUGGGAGAGAAAGGUCGAGAGUCCGAGAAAGAGUUGGCUCUACUGAAGAGGCUGCAACCGCUGUAUAACAAAAGCUUUGAGAGCACUGUGGGCCAGGGCCCAGACACAUAUAUCUACAUGUUCAGGGUGUGCCGGGAAGCUGGCAACCGCACCUCUGGGGCAGGCCUGGUGCAGAUCAACAAAAGUAACGGGAAGGAGACAGUGGUAGGGAGACUCAACGAGACUCACAUCUUCAAUGGAAGUAAUUGGAUCAUGCUGAUCUAUAAAGGGGGUGACGAAUAUGACAGUCACUGUGGCAUGGAGCAGCGUCGUGCAGUGGUGAUGAUCUCCUGCAAUCGACACACGCUAGCGGGCAAUUUUAACCCUGUGUCUGAGGAGCGAGGCAAAGUUCAAGAUUGUUUCUACCUCUUUGAGAUGGAUAGCAGCCUGGCCUGUUCCCCAGAGAUCUCCCACCUUAGUGUGGGUUCUAUCUUACUAGUCACGUUUGCAUCACUGGUUGCGGUCUAUAUCAUCGGGGGGUUCCUAUACCAGCGACUGGUGGUGGGAGCCAAGGGAAUGGAGCAGUUUCCCCACUUAGCCUUCUGGCAAGAUCUUGGCAACCUGGUAGCAGAUGGUUGUGACUUUGUGUGCCGUUCUAAACCCCGAAAUGUGCCUGCUGCAUAUCGUGGUGUGGGGGAUGAUCAGCUGGGGGAGGAGUCAGAAGAAAGGGAUGAUCAUUUAUUACCAAUGUGAUUGCACUUUAAAUACCCAGCUGCUUCUCCAGUCCCCCAAACCAAAGCAUACUCAGCCAGAUUUCUUAAGCAGUGUCCACUCCAGUUCUCUCAUCCCACCCUUAACAUUGCUCUUGCUUUCCAGUUUGCUUUUGAUUUGUAUUCUCUUCUCACUAGUAGAAAUGCCUUCCCUUUGUUCCGUUUUGUUUUUCCUCUAGAAUACAGUUGUAGGAGAGAGAAAAUAGGGCCUGUGCAGAAGAGGCUAUCACACUAUCUCUUGGUAUCAGAAGGUACAAGUAGGAUAGUUACAGUGACAAAAACAGUGUGGCAGGCUCCUUUUUUAAACACCUUUUCACAAGUUUUUGAGACACUGGAUUUCUUUAAUUAAAAAAAAAGGGCAAAGAAACAUUAUUUAUA